GCUGUAAAUCACAAAUGGCCGUUCAGAUUAAGGAAGUUGGCUAAUAGAAUAAACAUUUUUGUACUCUUUAUGAUUUUUGCAUUUGGAGUAGUUAGACGUGGAGAGGGAGUCAAAAAGACCAGAAAUUGGCUAUACAAUCCAAGGCAUAGUCCACUAAAGCAAAGUUCGGUCCUUGGCCCUGCACUCUUCAGCAUCCACAUGCUGCCGCUAGGUGACAUCAUACGCAAAUACGGUGUUAGCUUUCACUGUUAUGCUGAUGCCCCUAAAGCUGACCAACACGCCGGACUGUAGUCAGCUGGAGGCGUGUCUUGAUGAAAUUAAACAAUGGAUGUCCGCUAACUUUUUGCCACUCAACGCCAAGAAAACAGAAAUGCUGAUUGUUGGUCCUGCUAAACACCGACUUCUAUUUAAUAUUACAACUUUAACAUUUGACAACCAAACAAUUAAACAAGGCGACUCGGUAAAGAAUCUGGGUAUUAUCUUUGACCCAACUCUCUCGUUUAAGUCACACAUUAAGAAUUUUACUAAAACUGCCUUCUUUCAUCUCCGUAAUAUCGCUAAAAUUUGCUCCAUUUUGUCCACUAGUGACGCCGAGAUCAUUAUCCAUGGGUUUGUUACGUCUUGUCUCGAUUACUGUAACGUAUUAUUACAGGCUGCUAGACUCUUGACAAGAACAAAAAUGUUUGAUCAUAUUACGCCUGUACUGGCUCACCUGCACUGGCUUUCUGUGAACUUGAGAUGUGACUUUAAGGUUUUACUACUUACGCAUAAAAUACUACACGGUCUAGCUCCAGCCUAUCUUGCCGAUUGUAUUGUACCAUAUGUCCCGGCAAGAAAUCUGCGUUCAAAAGACUCUUAUUAGUGAUUCCCAGAGCCCAAAAAAAGUUUGCGGGCUAUAGAGCGUUUUCCAUUCAGGCUCCAGUACUCUGGUAACAGUUCGAGAUGCUACCUCACUAGAAGCAUUUAAGUCUCAUCUUAAAACUCAUUUGUAUACUCCAGCCUUUAAAUAGACCCCCUUUUUAGACCAGUUUAUCUGCCGUUUCUUUUCUUUUUCUCCUCUGUCCCCCUCUCCCUUGUGGAGGAGGGGAACGCAGGUCCGGUGGCCAUGGAUGAAGUACUGGCUGUCCAGAGUCAGGACCCAGGAUGGACCGCUUGUCCAGAGUCGGAACCCAGAAUGGACCGCUCGCCUGUGUAUCGGUUGGGCACAUCUCUACGCUGCUGAUCCGCCUCCGCUUGGGAUGGUUUUCUGCUGGCUCCACUUUGGACGGGACUCUCGCUACUAUAUUGGAUCCACUUUGGACUGGACUCUUACCGUUUUGUUUGAUCCACUAUGGAUUGGACUUUCACAAUAUCAUGUUAGACCCGCUCGACAUCCAUUGCUUUCGGUCCACUCCAAGGUUUCUCAUAGUCAUCAUUGUCACUGUCACUGACGUCCCACUGGGGUGAGUUUUUCCUUGCCCUUAUGUGGGCUCUACCGAGGAUGUCGUUUUGGUUUGUGCAGCCCUUUGAGACACUUGUGAUUUAGGGCUAUUUAUAUAAACAUUGAUUGAUUAAUUGAAACAAAAACUAAAGAGCAAGCUGCUCAGAAAUUUUCCCGGAAGGCUCAUGUCAGAGCCAUCCAAGCAAAAAUGCUCAAGUAAUGGGUAAAUAACUUAAUGAAUCAUCUGUGGCUGUGAAGUAAACACUAUCCAUCCAUCCAUCCAUUUUAUACCUCUUGUCCCUUUCUAGUAAGGUUGUAAGUACUGUAUAGAGUAUGCUUACCCAUGUGUUCCUGUGGAUGUGAACACAAGUCGUAAUUACUGUAGUGACUAAAUAACAUAGUGACUGAAACACACAUAGUAAUUCAUUUGGAUGAAUGGGGUAUGUAUUUAUGUAAACUCUGUGGAUCAUUUGUCAAUUCUUUAAACACUAAAACACAUUUAAAUGGUGCCUUUUUUUUUUUGGGGUGCAAAUUUUUGCAUGUUCAAUUGCUGAAAAACCAGGAGCUUCGGGGGCAGGGCUUUGAUUACUGUUUGGUACACUCUUGGCAUUCUCUCGAUGAGCUUCAAGCACACCUGUGAAGUGAAAACCAUUUCAGGUGACGACCUCUUGAAGCUCAUCGAGAGAAUGCCAAGAGUGUGCAAAGCAGUAAUCAGAGCAAAGGGUGGCUAUUUUGAAGAAACAACAAUAUAAAACAUAUUUUCAGUUAUUUCACCUUUUUUUUGUUAAGUACAUAACUCCACAUGUGUUCAUUCAUAGCUUUGAUGCCUUCAGUGACAAUAUACAAUGUAGUGAAGUGAAUUAUAUUUAUAUAGCGCUUUUCUCUAGUGACUCAAAGCGCUUUGCAUAGUGAAACCCAAUAUCUAAGUUACAUUUAAACCAGUGUGGGUGGCAGUGGGAGCAGGUGGGUAAAGUGUCUUGCCCACGGACACAACGGCAGUGACUAGGAUGGCGGAAGCGGGAACCGAACCUGCAACCCUCAAGUUGCUGGCACUCUAUCAACCGAGCUAUACUGCCCCAAUGUAAAUAGUGAUGAAAAUAAAGAAAACUCAUUAAAUGAGAAGGUGUGUCCAAACCUUUGGCCUUUACUGUAUAUUUGCACAACAUAUCGGCUCGGUAUCGCCAAUACCAACCUGAAUUUCACUUGGGAUCGGAAAGAAAAUCAAAACUGAAUCAGUGUAAAACAAACUGACCGUCAUAUCAACUUGAAUUUAAGACAAAGGUGCAUAUAUGUGUCUCCUUUUGGAAUAAGUGUCACCCAAGAUAGUUUGUUUUCAAAAUGUCAUGGUUUUUGGCAGCUCUGUACAUCAAAAUAUACACAAAGCAAUUGGAAAGAGGUUAUCUUGUAGUGUUUGGUCCACCAGGUCAGCAAUGAUUCAGCGGGUCAGUGGGACCUGUGUCGCCAGCAGUGGUCCAAAAUUUAGUUCAGUCAUCUACCUGGCUUCAAGCCUUGUCCUGCUUUAGCCCUCUCAAGGUCCAAAAUAACUGGACUAUCUCACUACUUUAUUGAUAUCAUGUCUGAAAGGGACAACAUGGUUUAGUUCAUAUUGAACACAUGUUUACACCGGCUUGGAAAAGAGACCGGGGUUCAAAGCACGAGUGUUGUUUGUGCGUCUGACUGUAUCAAGGUGUGUGCCACUUACCACAAAUACUACACCGAAGGAAGCGACCAAUUACUGAUGGCUUUCUUCAGACAAACAUGUUAUGAUCCUACUAGCUGGAGGGGGAGAGUUAUGCAAUGCAUGGCCUUGUUUAUCUCCCGGCCUGAUAAGAUGAGCCGUCACCAAGGAGACGGAAGGAACAAAUAAGGUUUUGGGUGUCAAAACAGGAUAAAAACGCUGAUUAGUGGCGAAACAACCUUUUGAUCGUGAUGAACACAUGUUCUUAACAAGACCCGAGCAUCACAGAUGAGUCAGUGGCCGCCCUAAACAAGCUUGUUUUGCUCGCCAAUCGUUUUGUUCCAAAGUCAAUAUUGACGGCAGACCUUGUGAACCCGCAGCCGCGCACGUCAAGCGGGGUCAAUACUGUUUACCGCGGCUUUGUCACAAAUAUUUUAUACGUGUAGGCGUCCUGUCAAUCAGUAACGCCCUCCGCGGAGGCAUAAAUAGGACUGCACGCCGGGGAGACCGGCAGAGAAAGAAACCCAAAGAUGUGUGGAUUACACCAGAAGAUGCUGCCAUUGCUGGCUUUGAUGGCGGCGGCGGCCAUGUCGUCCCCGGUGCUUGGACCGGAGCCCAUCCGCUGCGCCCCAUGCACUCAGGAGAAACUGAACGAGUGUCCCGCCGUCCCCGCCGACUGCAGGCAGGUGCUGAGGGAGCCCGGCUGUGGCUGCUGCAUGGCGUGCGCCCUAGAGAGAGGGAACUCCUGUGGGGUGCACACGGCCCACUGCGCUGAGGGCCUGCGCUGCACGCCCAGACCUGGGGAAGCCAGGCCUCUGCACGCUCUGACACGGGGCCUGGGGGUCUGCACUGAGGAGCUGGCCCAAGAGGACACUGAAGGGGUCUCGGACCACAGCUCUUUGCAGUACCUUCUCGGGGACACAGCCGAGCCCCAGGAGAGCUUCAAAGCCAAAGUGAACGCCAUUCGGAACAAGCUGGUGCAGCAGGUGAGAGGACAAAAAAAAAAUAUAUAUUUUACCUUCCCGUCACUAACUUGCCCGCUUUCUCCACAGGGCCCUUGCCACAUCGAGCUCCAUGCCGCCCUGGAGGUCAUAGCCAGCGCCCAGCAGAACAUGGGGGAAAAGUUCACCACCUUCUACCUCCCAAACUGUGAUAAGCACGGCUUCUACAAGGCCAAGCAGUGUGAGUCAUCGCUGGUCGGACCACCCGCUCGCUGCUGGUGCGUCUCCUCCUGGAACGGGAAGGUCAUCCCAGGAGCCAGCGAGCUCCCCGGUGACGCCGAAUGUCACCAGGAAGUCACCCACUAACACGUUCAUGCAGGAAUUGUAAAUUAUUUUAUGUACGAAGAUUUAUUUAUUCAUUCCUUGUAUAUUCUCAACAGAUUUUUAAGUUUUGCUGUUUUUCCCCUGUUCAAUUGUAAAUAGGGCAGCACUGUCUACAUUUGUAUUCCUGACUAAAUAACUCCAUUCCUCACAAACCACAGCUCCACGGUCCUGCCAAGCCCAUUUCAGGGUUUUUUUUUUUCUUUCUUUCUUUCAAAUGUGGAUCGCGGCGGUGCACGCCACCACCAAACAACACAGCCGCUCAUUCAUGCAACAUGUUGACAUUGUCUGAAAGCAUCUUCAUUUCCUCAAUGGGGGAUACUUUGAGCACCGCAAGUAUGUGCACGUUGGCCAAACGCAAACAAAUCAAGGCUCAUCCGAGCUGCCUGCCAGCUUCUUCUGACAUGGCCUCUUCUUACAUUUGUCUACCUCAGAUCACCUCUACAGUUGUUGUUUUUUUACUUUUUCCAACAUAUAUUCUAUUUAUUAUUAUUAUUUACUCUUGUGUAUCUGAUGUUUUCUGUGUUCCAUUGUUUGUUUGAAUGUAUAAUAUAAACUACUGUGCAAACA